ACCAGGUCAUGUUUAGACGCAUAAUAAGGAAGUUAUGGGAACUGUAUCGAACACACAACAUGGAAGCUCAGAACGAUGUAUCUACUAGUCACAAUUGACAAAAAAUCAACGGAGUCGACUUGACAGUCUCCACUACUUGGUCAAUUUUUAUGCUAUUUUCGCAUUACUUCUGCGUCUAGCUUCGUUAAUACACGACGAGAUACGAAAGAGCCAUGACAUGGUUAGAUUGUGUGCGUCAAAGCCUUCUUUUUCGAUUGCUUGUUGCCGUAGUAGCCGCUAUUGUCAUCAUAUUUACGUACACAAAUGGAAUACCACUGGAUUUUUCACACCCUUUGUUGCCGUUUGUACAGAUUCAAAAUGUGACUGGAACUACUGAAAAGCCCAAAAACGUCUCAAAGAAAAUUCUUUUCUAUACAUCGUGGUUUAAAACAAUUCCAUGGCCCCUCAAUAGCCCGCUUAAACUGCCAUGUCCUCACAAAUGCUUGAUAACAUACAACAAAAGUGAGCUGGCUUUCAGCGACGCAGUUGUUUUCCACGACUCAGACAUUAAAGAUGACCCUCAAUCUUUGAAGCGAAUUAGUGAAUCCUUGAGAAGAAGASCACAGCAGAGAUGGGUAUAUUACACUCAUGAAAAUCCACACAAUGUUCAUAAUCCUGCUCCAUUUAACGGGAUUUUCAAUUGGACUGUUACCUACAGGUCAGACUCAGAUAUACCUCGUCCUUAUGGCCAUUACAACACUUUGCAACAUGGCGAAAGGAUUCUUAAUGAAAAUAAUACAAUCAACUACGCCAAGGGAAAGGACAAGCUUAUCGCUUGGGCAGUAAGCCACUGUGGGACUAUUAGAGAUAAAGUUGCAAAAAAACUUCAUGAGUUUGUUCCUGUCACUGUUAUAGGGGCGUGCAGUAAUCUUUUCAAUCAAGUAAGUCCCGAAGUUUGCAGAAGGGGGUCACCGAAUUGUCCAUCUUACUUAAAGCGAUUCAAGUUCUACCUUGCCUUUGAAAAUGGAAUGUGUAUUGACUACAUAACGGAAAAAUAUUGGAUCACGCCCUUUGAUAAUAACAUGGUUCCCAUAGUCUUGGGGUCGAAUUAUGAUUCCAAGGUUGCUAUUCCCGGCUCAUUUAUCAAUAUCCUKGAUUUUCCGAAUAUGAAAGUUUUUUCUGAUUACAUCAAAUACUUGGACAAAAACGACACGGCUUAUAAUGAAUAUUUUAGCUGGAAGGCGAAGUUUAAGUUGGAUAGGACUGCGGAAGAUCGGUGGCUGUGUAGAUUAUGUGUUGAUCUUUUURAURAUUCACUACCAAGGAAGGUUUACACAAACUUUGAAGCGUACUGGGGGGUCAAGAGUAAUUGUUAUAGAAAUAAGGAGAAAAUUCAACGUAUUUUACAAUGACUGAUCACCUCUGAGUUAGGAGAGAAAUCAUAGAAACAUGCAUAUCCAGGUAUCAUUUUUACAACUAGAAAUGACGCUGUAUAGUAAAUCUGACAUCCCUGCAAUUCAACAAAAUGGCGCAUUGUAGUAGUAAUAUUGUUAAGCCUGCCUAAUUGUAAUAUCAGUGUUGUGCUAGCUCUUCCUGUAAUUCAGUGUUUUUCUCAAUUUACAAUGCGAUAGGAAUGGAAUAAACAUAUCAUUAAUUUGUCCAUUGAUAUUGACGAUUGCUCUUGGAGUCGAAGAUAAUCUUACUCACUACAAAGACAGAAUAAUUCUAAUCAUAAAUUCAAAGUGCCACUUGUCAUCUGGUGGCAUGUCAAGGCRAGUAUAGAAUAUCGGACAUUGAGUGGUAGAUUAUAACUGUGUUCAAAAACCUGCGACCAAGUAGGAAUUGACAAGAUCUGAAAUCGAAGUUUUAUUAUAUUCAGCCACGAGGUGGUGUUCUAAUCUUUUCAGUUCUAACUGCAAACGGAUGUAAUAAACUUGAAUUUAUUYAUUUUA